CAGGCGGGCGGCGGUGUCGGCCGGGCCCCCUCUCCCGCGGCAAGCCCCACCUUUCGGCUUUCCCGCACCGUCAAUCAAAAUAGGAAAAAAAACCCGGAGUAGGCUCGGGCCGCCGCCGCCGCUUCAGCCCGCCGUGAGCACAAUAAGCAUGUCCCCGGCGGCAGCCGCCUAGCCCCAGCCAGCAGGGCCUGUGUGCGAGCCAGCCAGCCUGCCUGCCUGCCUCCCGCCCAGCCAGCCAGCCAGCCGGCCGCUCGCACUCACACCAUGACCGCUCCCGAGAAGCCCGUGAAACAAGAGGAAAUGGCUGCCUUAGACGUGGACAGCAGCAGCCACAGCGAAUAUCUCCAGCACGGCAACGGCGCCGCCUCGGCCUCCGCCGGGGCGGCCGCCCCCCAGGACGCGCAGCCGUCACCGCUCGCUCUGCUGGCGGCCACCUGCAGCAAGAUCGGCCCGCCGUCGCCGGAGGAGGAUGAGGCCGCCGCCGCCGCCGCUGCCUCUCACUCUGCCGGAGCGACAGGAGAUUUGGCUUCUGUGCAAUUAGCUGGAGCUCCAAACAGAUGGGAGGUCUUGUCUGCAGCUCCUACCACUAUAAAGGACGAAGCUGGUAAUAUAGUACAGAUUCCAGGUGCUGCCACAGUAACUUCAAGUGGGCAGUAUGUCCUUCCUAUUCAGAGUUUGCAAAAUCAACAAAUCUUUUCUGUUGCACCAGGAUCAGAUUCGUCGAAUGGUACAGUGUCUAACGUGCAAUACCAAGUAAUACCCCAGAUCCAGACAGCGGAUGGUCAGCAGGUUCAACUUGGCUUUGCAGCCUCUUCUGAUAAUAGCAGUAUAAAUCAAGAAACUGGUCAAAUUCAGAUCAUUCCUGGCUCGAAUCAAACCAUCAUUGCCUCUGGAACAUCUUCAGCUAAUAUUCAGAAUAUUUUAUCUGGUCAGUCUGGUCAAGUCCAGGUUCAGGGAGUUGCAAUUGGUGGUUCGUCUUACCCUGGCCAAGCACAAGUGGUUGCUAACGUCCCUCUUGGACUGCCAGGGAAUAUUACUUUUGUACCCAUUAAUAGUGUUGAUCUAGAUUCUCUGGGACUUGGCAGUGGUUCUCAAACCAUGACAGCAGGCAUUAAUGCAGAUGGGCACUUGAUAAAUACCGGACAGGCCAUGGAUAGUUCAGAUACUUCUGAGAGGACUGGUGAGCAAGUUUCUCCUGAAAUUACAGAAACUGCCACUGAUAAUGACUUAUUUGUGCCAACGUCAUCUUCAUCGCAAUUGCCCGUUACCAUAGACAGUUCAAGUAUAUUGGAACAAAAUGCAAAUGACUUGACCACAACUAGUGGUCAAGUUCAUGGUUCUGAUCUUCAGGGAAAUUACAUCCAGACAUCAGUCUCUGAUGACACGCAGGCUCAGAAUAUUCAGGUCUCCACAGCACAGCCAAUUGUACAACACAUACAGCUACAAGAGUCGCAGCAGCCAACCAGUCAAGCCCAGAUUGUACAAGGUAUUGCGCAACAGACAAUCCACGGUGUUCAAGCAAGUCAAAGUAUAUCUCAACAGGCUCUUCAAAAUCUUCAACUGCAGCUGAAUCCUGGAACUUUCUUAAUUCAGGCACAAACAGUGACCCCUUCUGGGCAGAUAACCUGGCAGACAUUUCAAGUGCAAGGAGUUCAGAACUUGCAGAACUUGCAAAUUCAGAAUGCACCUGGUCAACAAAUAACUCUGACUCCUGUGCAGACUCUCACUCUUGGUCAAGUUGCAGCAGGUGGUGCGUUGACAUCAACUCCAGUUAGUCUAAGCACUGCUCAAUUGCCAAAUCUACAGACAGUUACAGUAAACUCUAUAGAUUCUGCUGGUAUUCAGCUGCAUCAAGGAGAAAAUGCUGGCAGUCCUGCAGAUAUUAGGAUUAAAGAAGAGGAUCCUGAUCCAGAAGAGUGGCAGCUCAGUGGUGAUUCUACACUGAAUACUAAUGAUCUAACACAUUUGAGAGUACAGGUCGUAGAUGAGGAAGGGGACCAACCACAUCAGGAAGGAAAAAGACUGCGACGAGUAGCAUGUACAUGUCCCAACUGCAAAGAAGGUGGUGGAAGAGGCUCCAACUUGGGAAAGAAGAAGCAACACAUUUGUCACAUACCAGGAUGUGGCAAAGUAUAUGGGAAGACCUCACAUUUGAGAGCUCAUCUCCGCUGGCAUUCUGGAGAGCGUCCAUUUGUUUGUAACUGGAUGUUCUGUGGCAAAAGGUUCACUCGCAGCGAUGAGCUCCAGCGACACCGAAGAACGCACACAGGUGAGAAGAAAUUUGUCUGUCCGGAAUGUUCAAAACGCUUUAUGAGAAGUGACCAUCUUGCCAAACACAUUAAAACACAUCAGAAUAAAAAAGGUAUUCACUCUAGCAGUACAGUGCUGGCAUCAGUAGAAGCAACAUCUGAUGAUACUUUGAUUACUGCAGGAGGAACAACACUUAUCCUUGCAAAUAUUCAACAAGGUUCUGUUUCAGGAAUAGGAACUGUUAAUACAUCUGGCACCAGCAAUCAGGAUAUUCUUACCAACACUGAAAUACCUUUACAGCUUGUCACAGUUUCGGGAAACGAGACAAUGGAGUAAAUAUUACACAAGAUACCUAUUAAUUGUGGUUAUUUUUAUACAGUAGUGAGAAGAAUAUUGUUCCUAAGUUCUUAGAUAUCUUUUUAUUGAUGUGCAAAAAUUUUUGGAUUGACAGUAACUUGGUUAUACAUGACACUGAAAUGCCUUACUUUGUAUGAUAUUCCAUAGUAUAUUAAAAUGGUAAAAUUGCAUGGAUUUUGUAGGUACUUUUGGAAUCUAGAAGAGAAGAAAUUUUACCAAGUUAUAUUAAAAAAAAAAAAAAAAAGAAUUUAACGAUGGAAAUGGUAGUCUAACCAAAUGCAUCAAUCCUGUGUGGUUUAGUGUAAAAAAAAAUGAGAACAUGUUGGUAUUUAUCUAUUGUAAGAUAAAAGAAGUUGAUGGGUGAAAAGAAAUCACAUUAUGAUAAAAGAAAUUUUGUAAUUUUCUUGAUGACUGGAAUUUUUAUUAUGCAUAACUGACAAAUCAAGUUUCCAAGCAAAUGUUACAUAGUGUAGGCUUUACUUAGCUCAUCAACUUGUCAUUUUGAAGCUAAUUAUUUUAAUUAGGUUAACUAUGUACAAUAUUUUAAGCAUUACUCUUGUAAGAUUUUGCAAACUACAUUUUAACAUGGAACUCUAGGGAUAGUCACCUUUUAAAUCCUGUUGAAAAGCCAUGUUUAAGAUUUAAUUUGCCAAAAUGAUGUCUUGUUAAUAUUCUUUCAAUAACCAAGGUGGGCAAUAUAACCAAUGUUUAAAAAGCUUAAAAUGUUAAGAAAAAUAAAUAUGUAUAGGUUGAAGCAUUUGGGUGGUAAGGCAGAUGUUAUAGUGAAGUAUAUCCCUUCUUUUGAACAUUGGAGGACCAAAAAUAAGGUGUAUUGCGUCUCAGCAGUGAUUUUUAUCAAAUCUUUUUCCAAAAAAAAACAUCUGUAUGCCAGGGCCUUAAAAGCCAUCAUGUAAAUUACCAGUAAAAUAUAACAUAUGCAAAUACAAAAGAAAAAUCACUUCCAUAUUGACAGUACUCCCAAACAUAUGGAUAUAGUCAUAGUGAACUAGGGGGGUUAUGAGGUUUUUGUUUGUUUGUUGUUUAGUUUUUGGUUAGUCAAUCUGCAUUUAAAUAUCAGCCAUCUUUCCUUUUUUGCUUCUUCCCUUAAAAAUUGUAUGUAUCCAGUACAUUUAACUGAUAAACAUAUAUGUUUUUUAUUAUGCUGAAUUUUCUUUUUAUUUUUUAAUUACUGUUUAUAUUUUCAAUUAUAGAAAAUGUACAAAAUGACGUUAUAUAGCCAGUCUGUAAGUGCUAUACCAUUUUCAAAAAAUGUACAACAAUAAUUACUGCAGUUCACCUAUUUACAAACAUUUGGAAAUCUGUUCAUUUGUUAUUCUUAAAACCACCUCAAAUUUAAAGGCUACCUUAUUGUACGUUUAAAGUGUAUUAUAACAGUGUGGUAGUUAAUAAAACACUAUUUUUUUUUCUUUUGA